AUUUAAUGGCUAUCAGCUAAAGCCUUUCUUUUAUAUGAACUUGUAUACUAAUUGCUUAUACUCGAUUAACGUCGUCUCUGCUCUCGGGUAGCUAACUAGCUAAGUAGCUAUAUUCUGCUGGUUCAUUUACAAACAGCUGAGAUCUCUAUGAGACUUUGACGAAGAAGAAGAUGACCAAAACGACAUCGUGUAGUAAAUUAACACUAUUAACAGUUGCUGCGGUUAUCAUUCAAAUGAUCGGUCUCUCCCUCUUCGUCUAUGGCUUCUUCCCCGUCAAACCCGCUCUUUCCGGCGUUAGUGGCGGGGAGAGCUUCUACGCACCGGAUUGCAAUUCCUUUGACAAUCAAAGUCAAACAGAUGCGAUUUUACAUCCUCAUCAACUAAAAUCACUAUAUCAGGAGCUCUCUGGAAUCCCUCCUUUAUUUAACCGGUUGAUUUUAAUGGUUAUUGAUGGUCUUCCAGCAGAAUUUGUGCUUGGCAAGGAUGGCCAGCCUGCGCGUAAAGAUUUGAUGGAAGCUAUGCCUUAUACUCAGUCAUUGCUAUCUAGUGGAAUGGCUAUUGGCUACCAUGCAAAGGCUGCACCUCCAACUGUUACUAUGCCUCGUUUAAAGGCUAUGGUUUCUGGGGCAAUUGGGGGAUUCUUGGACGUGGCUUUUAAUUUUAAUACGCAGGCUUUAUUAGAUGACAAUCUUCUUGGUCAGUUUUCUAGAAUUGGUUGGAAAAUGGUGAUGCUUGGUGAUGAAACAUGGCUCAAGUUGUUUCCAGGAUUGUUUGUGAGACAUGAUGGAGUUAGCAGUUUUUUUGUUAAGGACACAGUACAAGUUGAUCAAAAUGUUUCUCGGCAUCUGGGGAACGAGCUUGGCAGGGAUGACUGGAAUCUUCUGAUUCUUCAUUAUCUGGGCUUGGAUCAUGUUGGACAUAUUGGUGGGCGCAGCAGUUUUUUGAUGGGUCCAAAGCUUAUGGAGAUGGAUGAAGUGGUGAAGGCAAUUCAUUCAAGCACUAUUCAGACUCCGGAUGAUAAUCAAGGAUGGACGCUUCUGGUGGUAGUGAGUGAUCAUGGCAUGACUGAGAGUGGUAAUCACGGGGGUUCUUCUUAUGAAGAAACUGACUCUUUAGCUCUUUUUAUUGGCCUGAAAAAUCACGUCUUUCAUUAUGCACCAUCUACCCAUAAUUCUGUUCACCAGGUUGACAUUGCUCCAACUUUAGCUCUACUAUAUGGUGUGCCAAUUCCUAAAAACAAUGUGGGUGUCCUGAUUUCUGGAACUUUUGAUUCUUUGACAGAUGAUCAACAGCUGAGAGCACUGGAGUUGAAUUCCUGGCAGUUGCUCAGAUUAGUGGAAGCACAAUUACCUGGUUUAUCAUGUGGAAAUUUCCCCUGCAAUGGUUUCAUUGCUGGUCUGGGGCUUGGAAGUGGCGAACGUAGUGACAAUAUGGAGAAGAUACUAUGUUGCUUAUUUAUGAAUGCUGCAAAUCUUCAUGAUUCCUGGAAGUCUAAAAAAGAAUCAGGGUCUGAAAGCAAGGAUGAUUAUAGCAGCACUGUUGCAGGAUAUUACGAGUUCCUGAAAACUGCAAGUGAGUGGUUAUCACGCAGAGUAACUGAUAAACCUGUUUCUUUACUUGCUUUUGGGGUUAUGGCAGUGGCCUUAUCAUGUCUGAUAUUGUUAGGCCUGGUAAUUUGCUUGAGCAAUGAAGUUUACUUUGAGGAGAAGCAAACCCUCUCUAACACAAGUAAUGUCAAGCAUAGAUGGUGUUUAGAUGAGGUCUUUAUUUUGGGUGUUGUUUUGAUCCUUGUCAUGAGUAUGGGCUCAAGUUCUAUGGUAGAGGAAGAGCAUUAUAUUUGGAAUUUUGUUAUAUCUACAUCAUAUUUGUUAUUACUUCGGAAAGCAGUACAGUCUGUUCCUGGGAGAAGUGGAAGUGCAUUAUGUUUGAAGGGACAGAAUCAAAGGAGUAAUUUUCAAGUGUAUUUCAUAUUUUUGCUUCUUAUUUCUGGACGAAUCUUGAGAGGUUGGCAUCAGGGUGGUGUAAACUGGACUUAUCUUCCAGACAUUUCAAAGUGGCUUGAACAGGCUGGGAGUCACAGUAUAAGAUUAAUUCAACUAGCCUCAGGUCUCCUCAUGAUCAGUUUGGGCUUAUUUGCUUUAUUUUUGUCUCGAUGUGAAAGAAAAAUUAUUCAACUGGUUGGAUUUUGCUUUUUGAUAUCUGGACUUCUCAUUUUAUGGCAUAUUAUGGAGUACAAAGACAAUGCAUUUGUGUCAUCCAGUUAUGGAGCUACUAUAUUGGCACAGGUAAUCUAUGCAAUUCUGGGUUUCACUGCAAUUGGCACUGUUGUAGCCUUGCCAUGGCUUAUGCCCAUUGGGGUACCUGGUACAUAUGUUAGACUCAAAACCACCUCAUCAAGUUUAGUAUCCAUUGACAUUCAACACAAUUCUCUAUUGCUGGAAUUUAGGGAUUUUUCAUAUUUAAUCGGCUUGGCAUAUGUAUUAAGUUGGUGUUUUCUGCAACUGUUGCUGCAACAGCCAAUCAAUUCAAUGCCCAUCUUUUUACUUCUCAUGCAAGUCUUGACUAGCAUGCUGUAUUAUUCCUACGGCAGGCCACGAAAUAAGGAAUGGCUUGAGGUCGCUUCCUUAUACUAUAUGGGAAUGGCAGGCCAUUUUGCUCUUGGGAACAGCAAUACCUUAGCCACUAUUGAUGUUGCUGGAGCUUUUAUAGGCCUCUCAACUCACUCAACAUUACUUUCUGGCAUUUUGAUGUUCAUCAUCACCUAUGCAUCCCCCAUGCUAGUUAUUCUUAGCAUGGUGAUAUACAUUUCUGUGAAGGAUACAAGCUACUUAGCAACUACCCAAAUUGUAGAUUCAGGGCAUUUUCUGAAAAUGAUGCUUGGCUUUCCUUGCCUAGUUCCUCUAGCCUUGAAUUCCAUUCUGUUGACUGCAUACACCAUUAUAUUGCUGUUAAUGAGGAACCAUUUGUUUGUUUGGAGUGUUUUCUCCCCAAAGUACUUGUACGUGUGCAUGACAACUGUUUGCAUUCAUAUCGGUGUCGUUGUGGUGGCUGCAACAGAGGUUUACAUAUAUUUGGUCCUAGCCUGGAGGAGAAAGAAUCAGGUUUGAAUCUAAUGGCACUAGAUAGAGCUUUGCAUGCCAAGAAACUCCAGUUACAGUUCUUUUUUAAAACCAUCACAGUCCAUUUUUUUUUUCCCGUUUCUCCGCCGAUUAUCUCUCCCCUUCAAUUCUUUGAUUCUUCAGAAAAAUAUGUGAUAUACAAUACGAUGGACACUUGUAAUGAACUGUACAAGAAAUUGUUGUAUUGCAAUAGCCGAGACACAGUAACUUCAUGUGGUUAAUUGGUCUGGAAUAAUUUACAAGUCCAAUUUUUUACAUUGA